AUGUUUCGGGCCCAACAGAACAUCUUUGACGAUGCCGUCGCCAAAGCGACUGACGAGAACCUCACGUCCGAGAACUGGGAAUACAUCCUUGACGUGUGUGACAAAGUCAGCUCCAGCGACACCGGGAGCAAGGAUGUCGUCGCUGCCAUGAUCAAACGGCUCGCACAUCGCAAUGCCAACGUUCAGCUUUACACUCUCGAGCUGGGAAACGCCCUGUCACAGAACUGCGGCGUUGCCAUGCACAGAGAAUUGGCUUCCAGAAGUUUCACGGACGCUCUUCUACGACUAGCAAACGACAGAAAUACUCAUCAGCAAGUCAAGUCGAAGAUCUUGGAGCGGAUGGAAGAAUGGACAAAGAUGUUCGCGUCUAACACCGAACUCGGCAUAAUGGAGCAAGCAUAUCAAAGAUUGAAAGCACAGAAUCCCAACCUGCAGCCUCCCCAGGCUCCCGUAAAGAAACAAAUCACGGACUAUGACAGGCAGAAAGAAGAGGAAGAGCUGCAAAUGGCCCUGCGACUGUCCAUCCAAGACAAAGCCGCCCCCUCGAGUAGUCAACAACCUGGUGCUGCAGAGCUCUCAGCCCAAUCGACCUCAGGCACCCCUUCGGGUGGCUCACAUCCGAUAUCGUCGGGUACGACAGCCGCUACAGUUUCCAGAGUCCGAGCACUCUUUGAUUUCCAGCCUUCUGAACCUGGUGAGCUACAGUUCCGGAAAGGCGAUGUGAUCGCAGUGCUGGAGUCGGUGUACAAGGAUUGGUGGAAGGGGUCUCUUCGUGGCCAAACAGGCAUCUUUCCCCUCAAUUAUGUUGAAAAACUACAAGACCCAACCCCAGACGAACUACAAAGAGAGGCACAAACAGAAGCCGAGGUCUUUGGUCAAAUCAAGAAUGUCGAAAAAUUACUGGCUUUACUGUCCACCAGCACUGGUGACACAAAUGUCCGGGACAACGAGGAGAUUACCGAGCUCUACCACAGUACCUUGGCUAUUCGCCCUAAACUUAUUGAGCUGAUCGGCAAAUAUACGCAGAAGAAAGAUGAUUUCCAGCAACUCAACGAGAAAUUCAUCAAAGCUCGACGGGACUACGAGGCACUUUUGGAGACAUCUAUGGCACAAUCAGCACAUGCAUAUGCCAGACCUAGUCCUGCAGCAUAUGGAUAUGGCGCAAGUGCAGCUGGGUCAGGCUAUCCGCCCCAGAGAUACUACACUCCAGGUAAAUAUGGAACCGCCUUGAUCUGUCAACAUUACUCUGAACAACAAGUUUUAGAUGGACAACCACCGAACAAUGCUGUACCAUAUAAUCAACCUCAGCACCAGCCAGGAUUUCAACCACCAUAUCCAAUAGCCUCGCCCCCCCCUCAAAGCCAUACUCCAUCCAACCAGUAUCCUCCUCCUAACCUCCAUGCUGCCCGUCGGCAGUCACAGCCAGAUUCAUAUGCCCCUUACCCUCCGCCAGAGAUGAAUACAUCCUACGGUCCACCUCCAACACAACAAGAUGGCUCUCGCCCAGGCCAUCAACCUUAUCCAAGUGUUCAACCUCCAAACGUCCAACAGCUACAGCAAGACGAUGUCAAGGAUUAUUCGCCCUCCAACUAUUCGACUGAGGAUCUUCCUGCCCUUCACCAACAGCAAGCACCUCUACAAUCACAGCCAGGAAUUCCUCCGCCAUUUGCGGGAGCUCCACCCCACCAACCAAAUACACCAGCAUAUCCACCACCGUCCGCGCCUGGUGGCCCAGGAGGAGCACCGUAUGAUUAUCAAGCACCUCCAUCUCACGGCCCUCCACCAGUCCCGACGGCUGGCCCACCCACAACUCAGGGAGACCGGCCAAUUACGCCACUUCCUCAGAGCUCGGCUUAUCCGGUAUUCUCGGCCGCAUCCACCAGUCCUCAGUACCAGGCUUAUAAUGCAAGACCUGCGAGCGUCACUGGUGGCCCAGGUGCGGGUUAUUACAGAUAG